CGGAUGUUGUCGUCUCUGUGAGGGCCAAAGUCGGCAAGAUGGCGUCGAGUGGUGGGGAGCUGGGGACCUUAUUCGACCACCACGUCCAAAAGGCUAUAUGCGACACGCGGGCCAAAUAUCGGGAGGGGCGACGGCCUCGUGCUGUCAAGGUAUAUACAAUUAAUUUGGAAUCUCGGUACUUAUUAAUACAAGGAGUUCCUGCAGUGGGAGCAAUGAAGGAAUUAGUUGAGCGAUUUGCUCUGUAUGGAGCAAUUGAACAGUAUAAUGCUCUAGAUGAAUACCCAGCAGAAGACUUUACAGAAGUUUACCUUAUUAAAUUUGUGAAUUUACAAAGUGCAAGGACAGCCAAGAGAAAAAUGGAUGAACAGAGUUUCUUUGGUGGAUUGCUUCAUGUGUGCUAUGCUCCAGAAUUUGAGACAGUUGAAGAAACUAGAAAAAAAUUACAAGAGAGGAAGGCUUAUAUAGCAAGAAUUACUAAAAAUAAAGAUCAUUUCGUGACAAAGAAGAAACUGGUUUCAGAACAUAAAGACACAAAAGAUUUUCGACAGGACUUCCAUUCCGAGAAAUCGGGAUUCUGUGCAGCUGGAAACGCAGGUCCUUGUCUUCCUUAUUCUUGUGACUUGCCUUUAUGUUAUUUCUCCUCAAAAUGUACAUGUUUGUCAAGAGAGCACGUGGAUGAAGCAUCGAACUCUUUUCAGGAGGGUAGAAACCUUGGUGAAACAGUGGGGCAUUGCAACCACAAUGACACUCUGCAGAAAAUGCAGAUGAAAACUUUUAAAAAUUCAGUGGCCUGCCCUGGUGCACAGAAUGCUAUUACUCCUUCAGAGGCAGUUGACAGAUUUAUGCCUAGGACAACACAACUGCAGGAGCGGAAAAGAAGAAGAGAAAAUGAUCGUAAACUUGGAACUUUUCUUGAAACAAGCCUGAGCAGUAAUGAAGUUAUGAUUGGGCCUCUUUUACCAGACAUACCUAAAGUGGAUAUGCAUGAUGACUCAUUGAAUACAACUGCGAAUUUAAUUCGGAAUAAACUUAAAGAGGUGGUUUCAUCUGCUGUGCCAAACCCUCCAGAGGACAAGCUAGAAGGUGUACAUACAAGUCAUCCAUUAAAACAAAGAAGAAGAAUAUAAGAUUACUGGUUGCAGAUUAAUAUUUUCUAAGAGACUAUUUUUUAUUUUUAGCCUGUCAUUUUAAUUCUUGAAGAGAUUUUACUGCUGGUAUUAUUUUAAUGCACUCCUAUUAUUUCAUUCAAGCUACCUGUCUAAUUUAGUUUCAUCUUUUAAAAUUAGUUUAUCAUGUACAUGCCAACCAACUGUUUCCCUUAAUAAAACUUUCCCAGAAACUGCA